GGAGUUCCUGCGGCUCCAGCUCUUCUUCCAGCAGAAGGCAUUCGCUUUACGUGUCCUUCCGCUACAGAAGGACGGUCCUUCACUACGAAAGCAAAGUCCAGCUCAAGGAGCUGUACCGCGAGGGCCUUCGACGACCGGUGUUUUAUUCCGAACCAAAGCAGUUCGAGCAAACGCAGGUGCUGGUUGGCACAUUUGUUCCGAAGCUCCGAACAUGGCUUGAGGCCAUUGUGAAGGCUGCCAACUUUAUGGAUCAGGACGCGAUGUCUGUUGACCUCCAGGACCUGCUGAGAGCGCGCCACCAUGCGAUUCUCACUCGGCGCUCAGCGCAGCACGUCGGGGUCAUGCUGUGUAAGCUGGAGCAGGACAGUCGGAAGCUGGCAUCACUCGGUGUCGUCUUCAACUUUGAGGAACUUCAGAUCCACGAUGACGACCAGAAUGAGCUGGAGAGCUUUCAAGAUGUUUUUCAGCAGUUCAUCGGGCUGCAUCCAGGCCUGCCACUGGAGCCUUUGCCGGCGGAGGAGGAGGAAGACCCCGCUGUAACGAUGAAUCUGCUCGAGGGCCUUUCUGACCAGGCACCGACAGAGAUCCGGCGGCACAAGCUGCUAAGGUGGCAAGCAGCGUUGCGUCGCCUAGCCAGCGCAGGAGGUCCUUUGGUGCCGGAGCAGCCUUCUUUGGAGGUUCUGGAGUUGGCGACCACCCUGCUGCUCCCACAGCUGCUCCACAGCAAGGCUUUGAGCUUCAGCGCGGGUAGCGACUCUGCGCGAAGCUGCCCGGCCUUCGACAUGUCAGACCAAGCUUUUGGGCACAUGGCCCCAAUGCCUAACGUGGCUUUAGGCGAGCUGGAGGUGCUCCUCUGUGACAUCUUGGCGGAGCUCUGCGACCUUUACCCGAAACAUAUUUGUCCACUGCUCUGGCGCCUGUUUCGAGAAUAUUUGAAGGAUCCUGGACACUGGCAUUCCUGCUUACUGGUGUUGGCCCUUCUGACACGGCUCUCGUCGCAGCUGAGUUCCUGGCUUCCCGUGGAUGCUGUUUGCUGCCUCUUCGACGUGCUUCGUCAAGUGCAGGAGCAGCUCACGCAUCGGCGUGAAGAGGUCUUGACGGCCACAGGGCGUUUGACGAGGCUUCAUUCACCCCACGUUCUGUCGCAUCGGGAGACGCCCUUGUCCUCCGCCCGCUCUGUCCGCACCUCUGCGCGACCCAUGUCCUCGGACUGGCCCUCGCCUUGGUCGCCUCGACAGAAGCUGACCGAGAGCAGCGAGCGGCCGCUCUCGGUGCGAUCAGGGAUGCACCGCUACACGAGCGACCAUGCGAGCAGCUCGGCCUCGAGUCCGGCGCUGCGCUCGGCCUCCUUCGACGGCGAGUCGCCCUGGGCGUCGCUGCGAGAUGUGGCUGGGCCAGUCCGGUGGCCGAUGGAAAAAAGAGGAAACCUCGAGGACCUCCCCAGACUGAAGUCGACCGGCUCCAGGCCCUCCGUACCACCGCUGAACCUCGCGGCUGCGAAAUGUGCGGCCGGCAGCGAGGGCACGCCCACGACACAGAGACUAAAGACACAGUCCUCGUCACGGCUGUCGCGAAGGCUCAAGAUGGAGGCCCAGGCCCAGCGAACUCCGCUGCCCAGCCGCCUUUCUGCGAGCUUCUUCUUCGGAGCUUGUACCACCGCCACAAGCCCCCCACCGAGCAAUCCCAACGACGUCUUCACUGAGACUGGUAGGUUCACAGUGACGCCAUUUGUGGGAUUGAAGCGCCCACUCCUUUCCCGGGUGUGCCCAGCGGCUUCGGGAGGAGGCCGAGCGCCGGUACAGACCGGCGAUGAUCUCGCGAAGAACCUCGGGGAAUCCUGCUUGCUGGCGGACCUCGGUCCGCUUUUACGAAUGAAGCAGGAGAAGGCUGUCCAGGAUGCGGUUGCCGCUCGAAGUGGCAGUAGCAAUGCCAGCAUUGCGAGUGGGUCGGACGCGCAGCAGACGAGCACUGCUUAUGCGAAUCGAAUCGGUUCGCAGGAGAGCUUACCGUCCCUGUGCACUCCCACACCUCGUGACUCUCAGGUCACGUCGAGGCGGCAGAUGCCGUAUCGGUGCAUCCGACUGAACAUCUGCCUCGUGCUGGAGCGCAUCUGCAACAGCAUUCCUCCUGGGGGCGCCGCCAUGUUCGAGGUCCCUGUCAGCCAGAUCUACGAAAUGGUGCACGCAUCUUGUUCCAGAGCAGGAGCGUGUUCCUUCGACCUGGGCAAACACAACGAAAACAGUGAGGCAGAAGAGGUAACUUGGCCUCAGACGUCCCGGCUUCUCGGUUGCCUGGCGCCACGCCGGGCGUCGGCACUGCGGCGGCUGGCGCAACGUCUCUGGCGCUGUGCCGGCAUUCAGCGCUGUGUCUGUGGAGCGGACAGCGGCCGUGCAGACGACCCUUGCAGUCCUUGCACUUGCUUGGAUGAUGCCACCGCUGCCUGUUUGUGGCGGCUGCUAGCAGAGCACGCGCGGCAGGUGGAGUUGGCAUUGGCCCAAAGUUCCAAGCACGUGCCUUGCCCUCACUUUCACGAGCUGGAUGCCACGGCCGAAGCUGAAGCCACAGACAGAGAAGGCGCCUCUUGCGACGCACAGGACUACCACUGCUCUGCGCAGAAAUUCCUGCAGAGGUUGCGCUUGGACAGCUUCCUAUCCUUCCUUGCGACCUCGCUCCGACAGCUGCUUUGGAAGCUGAAGGCCAGCCUGAAAGCCGGCACUGCUGGCCCCGAGGUGACGAGGAACUUUCAACUUCAGUUGGCGCGGUCCUUGCAAUUGGCUGCGCAGUACUUGCGCAGCAUGCCGGGCAGGCUGCUGCCGCACCUGGCGGCCCAGGUCCUCGCAGCGCCGCUGGUGGCGCUCAAGGGCCAUUUAGCGUCUUCGGCCUGGGGACCAUUGGCUGCAGCACCGCGAGGAGAUGGCCAGACCUCCUGUGCCUUGCGCCUCUGGGCUUCUUACUUGGAGCUCGUAGGAGUCCUGCUCCGAGGGGCUGUGCGCUCAGGUGGCAUUGGCUGCCAGCUGGGCCACUUGCUUAUGGUGAUGUUGCUCGACUUCCCGUGUCCGCUAGGGCAGCGGGCGUCCAUGCUGAGUCUACCCUCGGCUCGAGCUUUCAAGAUGCCAAGCUCACGCUCGCAAGCAGAAUCCUCUGCCGAGGCGCCAAGCCGGCCCUCGAGCGGGCUGUUCACUCUUUGCUCGGGGCCGGUGAACCAGCCCGGGCCGGUACGAGCGGCCGGCGCGAAAACCGCGCCUAAGGUCUCGAGUUUUUGGGACAGCCUCCCCAAAAUCGUGGAGAGGCUGCUUCAAGAGAAAGCCGAACCCUUGAGUUUGGAGACUUUGCAGUGCUGCACGUUGUCCUUCGUGGAGGCUCUGCUGGACUUUGCCAAAGCCCUCACAGAGUGCAAGGAGUGUGGCAACUCCAGGGCAGGCGACUCUGCGCCGGAAGCCGCACGAGCGCUCGCGGGCUCAGAGGCUAUGCUUCAGAAGCUGUUGGAGUGGUUUCAAUUUCUUUUCCUGCCGCCGUCGGGUCUCAUAUGCAAGCUUGGCGGUGCCACGGCCAGUGCCAGCCUGAUGCGGCGCGUGGUGUCUUGUGAACGGGCCCUGUUCUCGGCACCGAUGGUGUCUAACUCCGUCUAUGCCCGGAAAUACAGCGUUCUGGAGCACUAUGUUCGUCGGCACUUCCUGGCUUUUGUUGCACUGUAUAACAGCCGCAGGGGAGGUUCUAUGGAGGAAGCGCAGUGCAUUGCUGCUUGCCGCCUUCAUCUGGAAACUUUGCUGGCAAUUGCUGGUUUGGAUAUGGAUGACCACCUAACGCGGCGCGUGUUCCUGCAGCUGUCCGUUCUGGACUUCUUUGUCGGGGAGAUCGAGCUGGAGCACGUCACAGCCCAGAUGCAGCAGAACUUUCUACGACGUCAGAACAAGGCAGGAUCUGCCUGGCCAACGCCUCAGGAUUCUGUGGAAUCGCCAUCGGUGCCUUCGCAGCCAUCCGAGAUGUCUGCAGCGCAGGUGAAAAGCACGCAAGUUCCGGUCCCUCGGAACCCCAGGCCUCGGCCCGUUGCACCGCUUAUGUUGGCGGGGCUGCCGGCCUCUAUGCAAGGCACGGAUACAGAGAAUUGA